GAAUGAGUACUAGGAAAAAAGUUCAUGCAUUUGUCCGAGUCAAACCUACUGAUGACUUUGCUCAUGAAAUUAUCAAAUAUGGAGAUGACAACAAAAGCAUUGAUAUUCACUUAAAGAAAGAUACUCGGAGAGGAGUUGUCAAUAACCAGCAGACAGACUGGUCAUUCAAGCUGGAUGGAGUUCUCCAUGACGCUUCUCAGGACUUGGUUUAUGAGACAGUCGCAAAGGAUGUGGUUUCUCAAGCCCUGGAUGGCUAUAAUGGCACCAUCAUGUGUUAUGGCCAGACAGGAGCCGGCAAGACAUACACCAUGACCGGGGCAACUGAGAAUUACAGGCACCGGGGGAUCCUCCCUCGUGCUCUGCAGCAGGUUUUUAGGAUGAUUGAAGAACGCCCCACACAUGCCAUUACUGUGCGUGUUUCCUACCUGGAAAUCUAUAAUGAGACCCUGUUUGAUCUUCUGUCCACUCUGCCCUAUGUUGGACCCACAGACACUCCAAUGACCAUCGUGGAAAACCAGCAAGGGGUCUUCAUUAAGGGCUUGUCAGUCCACCUCACAAGUCAGGAGGAGGAUGCAUUCAGCCUCCUUUUUGAGGGAGAGACCAACAGGAUUAUAGCCUCCCACACAAUGAACAAAAACUCUUCCAGGUCACACUGCAUUUUUACCAUCUACAUGGAGGCCCAUUCACGGACCUUAUCAGAGGAAAAGUACAUCACUUCCAAAAUUAAUUUGGUGGAUCUAGCAGGCUCAGAGAGACUGGGGAAGUCUGGGUCUGAGGGCCGAGUCCUGAAAGAAGCCACCUACAUCAACAAGUCGCUGUCAUUCCUGGAGCAGGCCAUCAUCGCCCUUGGGGACCAAAGGCGGGACCACAUCCCCUUUCGGCAAUGCAAGCUUACUCACGCUCUGAAGGAUUCGUUAGGAGGAAACUGCAAUAUGGUCCUCGUGACAAACAUCUAUGGAGAAGCCUCCCAGUUAGAAGAGACGCUGUCUUCACUGCGAUUUGCCAGCAGGAUGAAGCUGGUCACCACUGAGCCUACCAUCAAUGAAAAGUAUGAUGCUGAGCGUAUGGUCAAGAACUUGGAAAAGGAGCUAGCACUUCUCAAGCAGGAGCUGGCCAUCCAUGACAGCCUGGCUAACCGCACCCUUGUGACCUACGACCCCAUGGAUGAAAUCCAGAUUGCAGAGAUCAACUCCCAGGUUCGGAGGUACCUGGAGGGAACAUUGGAUGAGAUUGAUAUAAUCAACCUCAGACAGAUCCAGGAGGUGUUCAACCAGUUCCGUGUGGUGCUGAGCCAACAGGAACAGGAAGUGGAGUCCACUUUGCGCAGGAAGUACACACUCAUAGACAAGAAUGACUUUGCAGCCAUUUCUGCUGUUCAGAAGGCAGGGCUCAUAGAUGUUGAUGGCCACCUUGUGGGUGAAUCUGAUGGACAGAGUUUUGGGCUGGGAAUCGCCCCUUUCUCUUCCAAGCCUGGGAAGAAAUCCAAGUCCAGGAAGGCAUUCAAAGAGCCACCCAGUACCUCAUCAAGAAAAGAAGGUGCAAGCAGCCCUGGGAGCGUCAAGGACUUGGAAACAAUUUCCAUCUCCAGGACCCAACUGGUCACAUCCACCAAAGAUGGGGAGGCGAAAGACAUGCUUCUACGUGACCGGGAGACCUCCAGCAUUGAACCACUCCCUUCGGACUCCCCAAAAGAGGAUUUACGCCCACCCAGGCCCAGUACCCCGCCCUCCAAGCCCAUGGCCUUUGAGGAGUUUAAGAAUGAGCGAGGUAGUGAGAUUAACCGCAUUUUCAAAGAAAACAAAUCCAUCCUAAAUGAAAGGAGGAGAAGGGCCAGCGAGACAACCCAACGCAUCAACACCAUCAAGAGGGAGAUUGAUGUGACGAAGGAGGUGCUAAAUUUCCAGAAGUCACUACGAGAGAAGCAAGGUGAGUACGAGAACAAGGGGCUGAUGAUCAUUGACGAGGAGGAAUUCCUACAGAUCCUGAAGCUCAAAGACCUCAAGAAGCAGUAUCGCAGCGAGUACCAGGACCUGCGUGACCUCAGGGCUGAGAUCCAGUACUGCCAGCGCUUGGUGGAUCAGUGUCGCCACCGCCUGCUCACAGAAUUCGACAUCUGGUACAACGAGUCCUUUGUCAUCCCCGAGGAUAUGCAGGUGGCAUUGAAGCCAUGCAGCAGCAUCCGACCAGGGAUGGUGCCUGUCAACAGAAUUGUAUCUUUGGGAGAAGAUGACCAGGAUAGAUUCAGCCAGCUGCAGCAGACAGUGCUACCUGAGGGCCCAGACUCCAUUUCCUUCUACAAUGCCAAAGUCAAGACAGAACAGAAGGUUCUUUGGCUAGAACCUCCAGUGUGA